AUGAUGAAACGACAGCCCAUAUUCAGAUAUCUGGGCUUCGCCUUUUGCACACUUGUGGCUAGAAAAAUCGUUAUCGCCUUAAUAUCUAUGAACUACGUUCGUACACAUCAGCACGAAGUUAGCCUAAACAGCAUGAUGUCGAGCAGAGAGUUUAAGCAAACAGUAUCUACGUUGCCAGCAAAUCAGGAGACAUUCGUACUAAUUCUUAACGCUCACGCCUUAAACAUGACACUAAACUGGUUAUGCAACACAGAAGAAAUACCAGAUGUGCACAGUAACUCGCUCAUUGUUACCUUGGACAGUGUUGCAGCUGAUGCUUUGAAAGAACAAUGGCCAAACGUUCAGCAACUUCAUUGGCCAGUGCCUAGUCUUCAGGAGGCAUUCAACUAUGGGGAUGGACGUUAUCAGCUGUUUUACCUUUUUCGUGCAAAUUUAGCUCAAGCACUACUUGUAAUGGGGAGAACUUUCUGGAUGGUUCAGCAGGACACUUUUUGGGUGAGUACCCUUUCAGGAUUUGAUGUGAGUACAAGAGGAGAAGACAUUAUUUUUGAUAGAUCCUCAGAGAAAGGUCAACUAAUAGCAGGAGGUUACUACCACGCUAAGCCCACUCAGUCGUCGAUGACCUUCUUCAGACGUUUAGCCGAAGACCUUUCAUGGUGGUAUGCGCCAGACAAUGUAUACAUGACGUCGAUGUGCGAAUUAUCUGGUUUGGCAAAUUGCGGACGUUUGCCGUUUAGUCUAAUCACCAACUGGCAAUGGCUGGACUCAAAACCAUCGAAUAGUUCACCUUUAUUCAUUCAGUUUGAUGGCGAAACAAAUCUUGGAGGGAAACUGGGAAAGAUGAAACAACUCGGUUUCUACUUUUUGCAAAAGGACGGAACAAGCUGCAAUCGACGGGCAAUACAGGAUGCGCACAAACUACUUCAUCGAAGAGCAGCAAAUUGGUCUCGGAUGCUCUCAUCCACUCAACGACAUUUUAAAUUCUAUCAAAAUAUUGUAGAUUCUAUGUAUAGUAAUCCGUGGACAAGCUGUCUUAUGGCAGCAAGCAUCGAUCCCAGCUCGAUCGCAACCGCUACCUUCGCCGCAUCACUUCGAGCGCAACCGCCUACCCAAGUACACCAAGCUUCAAGUCGGUUUGAUCCAUCUUUAACCACGCUGAGAAAGAACUUGUAUUUUCGAGUGGGACUCACUAUACGUGGAAACUCCUCAAGUAUGCUUGGUCUUUUCGUGCGCUCUCGGUCGAGCUGCUAUGUGCGGACCAUUUCCACGACUGCAUCUUCGUUUUCGAACAAUAACGGAUCAGAUAUACAGGAUCCGGAGCAGCUUGCAUUGCAUAAAUUGUACCGUCCAGAAAGAGUCACACCAAACGAGAAGGGAUACAAUCUCCUGAGUACAGCAAGGCUGAACAAGGGUAUGGCAUUUUCACUUCAUGAAAGGCAAUAUCUUGGGAUUCAUGGCUUACUACCUCCGGCAUUCAUGACUGCCGAACAACAAGCGUAUCGUACAAUGAAGAGAAUACGCGAUGAGCCGGAUAAUCUGCAAAAAUACAUCAUUUUGGAUGAACUACAGUGUCGAACGGAAAAACUAUUCUAUCGUGUUCUCUGCGAGAAUGUCAAGGAGCUUAUGCCCAUUGUUUACACUCCGACAGUGGGGCUGGCAUGUCAGAAGUUUGGAGCCAUUUAUCGUCAUCCGAAAGGCCUCUAUGUCACUAUCAACGAUAACAGCAUUAGUAAGAUCUAUCAGAUCCUGUGCAACUGGCCAUCGUCGGACGUUCGGGCGAUUGUGAUGACGGAUGGUGAACGAAUUCUUGGACUCGGUGAUCAUGGAGCAUACGGGAUGGGGAUCCCCGUUGGAAAAUUGGCGCUCUAUGUAGCGUUGGCUGGAGUCCAGCCGCAAUGGUGCCUACCAGUUCUUAUCGAUGUUGGUACGAAUAAUCAGAAAUUGCUAGAUGAUCCGUUCUAUAUCGGUUUAAGACGCAACCGUGUCCGUGGUCCGGAGUAUGACAAGUUGAUCGAUAACUUUAUGAAGGCUGCUACGAAACGAUUUGGUCGCGAUACGUUGAUUCAAUUUGAGGAUUUCGCUUUCCAAAAUGCAUUUACACUUUUGGACAGGUACAAAAAUGAGUAUUGUACUUUCAACGACGAUAUUCAAGGCACGGCAUCAGUUGCCGUGGCCGGCUUGCUAGCAGCUACUCGUGUCACUAAAAAGAAGCUUUCACAGGAAAAGAUUGUGUUCUUAGGGGCGGGAGCGGCUGCGUUAGGAAUAGCUGAACUUUGUGUCACAGAAAUGAUGGAGGAAGGACUUUCACGGGAGGAAGCUUGCGGUAAUAUCGUUUUGCUUAACAGCAAAGGUCUAAUCACGAAGGACCGUGCUAAGAAUCUUUCUGCGCGGCAUCAAGAGUUUGCUAAGGAUCUCCCUGAAACGAAGAGCCUCUUAGAAGUAAUUAAAAUGGUGAAACCAAGUGCUCUAUUAGGUCUAUCUACCGUUGGCGGUGCUUUUACUCCUGAAAUUCUUCGUGAAAUGGCCAAAAUCAAUCAUCGUCCCAUCAUUUUCGCCCUGUCUAAUCCCACCAGCAAAGCUGAAUGCACUGCCGAAGAUGCAUAUCACCAUACUAAUGGCACAGCUUUGUUCGCUUCUGGUUCUCCAUUCGAGAACGUGGAAAUGCAUGGAAAACUGUACAAACCAGGCCAAGGUAAUAACUCCUACAUCUUUCCUGGUGUGGCCCUUGGCGCCAUCCUCUUUAAGGCGAAGCAUAUCCCGGACAAAGCCUUCCUUAUUGCGGCGAGGCGAUGCGCACGCUCAGUAUCGGAGAAAUCGUUGAACGAGUACUCGCGGCUAUUUCCAAGGCUGAAAGACAUCCGAGAACUGUCUGUGAAAAUAGCUGUAGAUCUUGGACAUCAUCUGUACGAGAACAAUCUCGCCACUUUACAUCCGAAACCGGGAGACAUGGAGAUGUUCAUACGUCAACAGAUUUAUUCAUACGAAUAUGAGCCUCUCAUCAACGACACAUAUAAUUGGCCUGAAAAGGAUAUGCGUUGGGGCUAUCCUGUUCCAGAGCUGACCAGGGCUUCUAUGGAUGAAGAAUAA